AUGUCAAAACCGAACCCAAAAGAUUCGAUCAAAUCUACCUGGCCUCUUGGAGACAGGUCGGAAUGGGGUUUGAACCACCGGAUCAUCGAUGCGCUCAACGUAUACCCCAUCACGCCUGGAAAGGAAGUUCCUGUGCAUCCGAAGACUGAUAAGAUACCCUACUUCGUUCAGUGGCAAGGACAUGCUUGGGUUCUUAUGCACGCCUUUAUACCCAUUACCAUCCACCAGACAUGGCUUUGGUAUACUGGCAAGGAAAGCCUGAACCCUAUCGCCGUAUUCUUUCUCUACUUCUUCUCCUUUACCGUGGUUGUCAUCCGAGAGGUUAAGGGCGCCAGAAAAGCAGGCCAGGAUCUUGGUUAUCUUGAUGGCGACGUCCACGAGCGCGAUGGCAUACCUGAUGUGGGCGUGGAUAAAGUGGCUGCUGCGCUCUGGAAGACCACGGGAUCCCGUAUCGCCAUGGCCACCUACAUCUCCUACAAUAGCUACCAGUCCCCUGCCAUGGCUCUUGGAGACUGGCACUGGUGGGCUUGGCUGUGGUUGCAGAUUGGCCUAUAUGGCAUCGUUCUCGACUUCUGGUUCUACGUAUACCAUCGCGCGAUGCACGAUAUCGAUUGGCUGUGGAAGUAUCACCGCACUCAUCACCUCACAAAGCACCCCAAUACACUUCUCGCAGCGUAUGCCGACCAUGAACAAGAGUUCUUUGACAUGGUUGGUGUCCCGUUCUUGACUUGUAUGACAUUUCGCGCUCUUGGUAUCCCGUUGGGCUUCUAUGACUGGUGGAUUUGCCACCAGUACAUCGCCUUCACCGAGGUCCUCGGCCACAGUGGUCUGCGCGUCUACGCUAUUCCCCCCUCUACCUUGACCUGGUUACUUCGCAUGUUGCAUUGCGAGCUCGUCGUUGAGGAUCACGACCUACACCACCGCAAGGGUUGGAGGAAGAGCCACAACUAUGGGAAGCAGACCAGACUGUGGGAUCGAAUCUUUGGCACUUGCCACGAACGAAUUGAGUCGAAGCCGGAGAACGUUGAUUGGGACAACGGAGUGUAUUUCCCGAUAUUAUAG